AUACAAUAUGGCGUGAAUUAAGCGCCUUCUGAUAUGUUGUUUUAUUAUUCCACUAUUUUAAAAAUUUUCUCACUACUAUCUUUAAUUAAAUAUUCAAAUUCUUUCAUAUUAAAUACACAUUUCUUGUUCAACAACCUGUAUCAUAAUAAGCUGUACAAUAAUCUAAAUGACAAUAUUUGUGAUAAAAAUUUGUAUAAUAAUUUGUUCAAUGGCGGAAAACUGUUUAAUUGGUGCUUAUAUGCUACAAAGAGUAAGUUGAAGGCUGUAAGAAAGUUUACUCGUGAUCGUCCUAAGAAGACCACACCUGCCGCUAUAUAUCCUUCUCCAACUUUGUACUAUGGAAAUGUUCACGACCACUUUGGCGCUCCUCCAGAGUAUCUCGCGAUUCCUGUCCAGGAUACAUUGGAUAUUCUGAGAAAUGGGAAGCUUUCAGAGUUGAUUUCACUUUUAAAGUCUGGAAUUACAGGUUCAGAACUCUCAAAAGUCCUCUCUGAUAAUUCCUUCCACGCAGACCUUACUAAAGAACUGAACACCAUCAAAGAGAUUUCUGAGUUUCAAAAUGAUGAUGUGAGUAAUGAUUUGUAUUUGUAUUUCGAGCCUAUCAUAAAUAAGCCUGAGGAGUAUGAACACUACGUGGACAAGUUUUACACUUUUAAAAAGCUCCAGUCAUACUGGGCUGAACGUGAACAGAAACUAUACAACACAAUUCUAAGACAGUUGUUUUCUCGGCUUAGGAGCAUAGCUUACAAGUUGAAAGACACAGGACUUUCUUUGACUGAGUUUGCAAACCCAACUCUAUGGCACAAAUAUGGUGUUUUUAAACCUGUUCCAAAUUGCAAAAUGGUUGAAAAUUACCUCACGAAGCAUCAAAUCGCAAUCAAUUUCGAUAUCAAAAACUUGUACUUUAGGGACGAGAAUAAUGAAAUCAAAUCAAAUUUUGAAAAUUUUUAUUCAAAACUAUAUAAACUAGAUGAUUCUAACACUACUACUGACACUGAAAGCAGUAAUAAUACUCACACUAAUAAUACAGAUACUAAUAUUAACACUGAUAAUAAUAGCACUGUGGAGGAUAGUUAUAGUUUAUAUGAUGACAAAGGUGUUGUUGAAACAGCCUUUAGUAUUGAUGAGAAUGGAAAACUUCCUUCGGAUUUGGUUGAUCGCAUAGUGGAUGAUUUAACUGAUUUGGGUGUACUUAAUCCUAAAGAGCCCUGGACAAUUAAUCUUUCCAGGAUUGAAGAACUCCAGGAGCAAUUCACUUCUGAGAAAUCCCAACAUGCAUAUGCCAUUCGUGAUUUUUAUUUAUCACUCAAAUUUCCACAUUAUCAAAUCGAAACUGAUCCCUACAUUCUAGAAUCAUACGUCAAUCAUCAAUAUCGCACAAAAACAUAUGAACGAGAUUUGCUGGUCAAGUAUAACAACUGGUUGAAAAGUGGUGCACCCAGGGAGACAUUUAAGCCCAUGAACGUGAAGUAUAAACACAUGGCCAUCUGGCACAGCCUUUCGAAAAAUCAGAGGAGGAGACUGGUUCAAAAAUACGUCAAAACUCAAACUACCCCUGUAACCCAGCCCACAAAAUAAUUUACUAAUACGGAUA